AUGGGAGACACAAGUUCAUCCCAAGGCCAGAUUGGCUCCGCCAAUGGUAGUGGCAAGAAACAGAUCUUGAUUAAUGCUUUUGAUAUGUCCACAGUGGGACAUUUGUCUCCUGGACAGUGGAAGAACCCCAAAGACAAGUCGGCUACGAAGCGCAAACUCGAAUACUGGAUCGAACUCGCCAAGUUGUUGGAGCGAGGCGGUAUUAAUGCCUUGUUCCUAGCGGAUACUACUGGGGGCUAUGAUACCUACGAGGGCAAGCUGGACGAGUGCAUUCGACGAGCCGCGCAAUGGCCAGUCACGGAUCCAACGAUUCCUAUCAGUGCCAUGGCCGCUGUGACCAAGAAUCUUGCUUUCGGCAUCACUUCUUCAACUUCCUUCGAGCAGCCUUUCUUACUCGCGAAACGCUUUUCUACUCUGGAUCAUUUGACCAAUGGCCGAAUUGGCUGGAACAUUGUUACUUCGUACAAGAAGGCGGCGUUCAAGGCCAUUGGCAUUGAUACUCCCAUUGAGCAUGACCAGCGAUAUGCCCAAGCAGAUGAGUAUCUUCGGGUACUUUACAAACUAUGGAAUGGCUGCUGGGCACCGGAUGCGCUUUCGCCAGACCCCGAGACAGACUCCUAUGUCAACCCUGACAAAGUCCGUGAGAUCAAUCAUCAGGGCAAAUUCUAUUCCCUGAGCACGCGCCACAUCGUCGACCCAUCGCCGCAGAGAACACCAUUCUUGUUCCAAGCCGGCACGUCACCAGCAGGCUCAGCCUUCGCUUCAACCCAUGCCGAAGCAAUCUUUGUCUCCUCUCAUUCCCCCGAAGUCUUGCGUCCUAAAGUCCAGAAGAUCCGGGAACUGGCUGCAGCAAACGGUCGGGAUCCGCAGUCGAUCAAGUUCUUUGGCACUUUUACGCCGAUUGUGGGACGAACUGAUGAGGAAGCAUGGGAAAAAUAUGAAGAGCUGAAGAAAUAUGCCUCGGUAGUUGGUGGGCUGGUGCUUUUCAGCGGGUGGACAGGCAUCGAUAUCUCGAAGAUCCCUCUGGAUCAAGAGAUCACGGAAGCUGAUUCGCACGAGGCGAACAAAGUGACUAGUCUUCUUGACUCGUUGCUCAAGACUAGCAAAGAUGUGCCGAAGUGGACACCCCGUGUAGUUGCUGAGAAGGCUGCCAUUGGUGGUCUUGGACCAGUGGCUAUUGGUAGUCCGACUACCGUUGCGGACGAGAUGGAGCGGUGGAUUCGAGAGGCUGAUCUGGAUGGUUUCAAUAUUGGCUAUGUCACCACGCCAGGCAGCUUUGAGGACCUGAUUGACUUAGUCAUCCCAGAACUGAGAAAGCGCGGUCUGUAUCCGGAUUUACCGUCUGAAUCGGAUGAGCCCCUCACUGCUCGUGAGAAGGUUUAUGGCAAGGGACAGAAGGAGCUGCGGGAUGACCACGAGGGCAGUCGGUAUAACUACGAUGUGUAUCAAGAGGAGGAGCCAUAUAAAGAAGGCUAG